AUGCAUCUUCCAAAAUCUAGCUUGAUUAUGGCUCUCAACCCGUACUUAGAUGAAGAUGGUGUGUUAAGGGUUGGCGGAAGAUUGCAACAAUCAAGUCUUGGAAGUUACCAGAAACAUCCAAUCAUUUUGCCUGGUAAAAGUCAUAUUUCUACACUUAUAGUACGUCACUAUCACCAAAGUGUUCGACACCAAGGACGUCAUCUUACAGAAGGAGCUGUUAGAUCUGGUGGAUAUUGGAUUACAGGGAUCUCAUCAAUCUUACACUCCUGUGUCCAGUGUAGAAAGUUACGAGGUAAAGAAGAAGUCCAGUUGAUGAGUGAUCUACCAGCAGAUCGCUUAGAACAUACUCCACCCUUUACCAAUGUUGGAGUUGAUGCUUUUGGACCUUGGACUAUAAUGACACGCAGAACUCGUGGUGGAUCAGCAAAUUCUAAACGGUGGGCUAUUUUGUUCACUUGUCUUACAACAAGAGCAAUACACAUUGAGUUGGUAGAAGAAAUGUCCUCUUCAGCUUUUAUUAAUGCACUUAAAAGAUUUGAAGCUCUCAGAGGUAAAGUUAAACUGUAUAGAUCUGACCGAGGAACCAACUUUGUUGGUGCAACUGAUAGCCUCAAGAUAGAUGCAGUAAAUGUGGAAGAAAAGAAGAUAGUAGACCAUCUGUACCAAACAGGCACUAAAUGGAUCUUCAACGCUCCCCAUUCAUCGCACAUGGGAGGUGUAUGGGAACGCCUCAUUCGAAUCUGCCGGAAGAUCUUAGAGUCAAUGCUAGCUGAAACUCCUUAUAAAACUUUGACGCAUGAAGUGUUAUCAACCUUCAUGGCAGAAGUAUGUGCCAUAGUGAACAAUCGACCAAUAGUAAACGUAUCAACUGAUCCAGAAAACCCUUUCAUCUUGUCACCUGCCACCAUUCUUACUCAGAAAGUUGGAAUAGACCAUGAAGAUUCAGUAGGAGAAAUUGAUACAAAAGACCUUUUGAAAACAGAAUGGAAACGUGUUUCUGCCCUCUCAGAAAUAUUUUGGAAUCGUUGGAAAAAGAAUAUCUGCACACACUCCAAGAACGUAGAAAAUGGUGUUGUGCAAAACCUAGUCUCACUGAAGGUGCUGUUGUGUUAUUGA